AUGACCGCAGCACCACCAUCCAUACCCGACUGGCGCACCCUCGCCGCCUCAAAACGCGAAUCCGUGUACGCAAAGAUACCAGAAGAUUGGCGACUGCCUUCUUCGCAAACAUCGAAGUACACAGAAACGUCCAGUAUAUCUGUGCUAGAUGUACCGCGAACAUGCGGCAUCUUGACCGAGAAAGAGCUAGACAUUACUGAAAAUUACGAUGCCACCGAUUUGGUCAAGAUGAUGGCAGAGGGCCAAUUGACAAGUACAGAAGUGGUAACGGCAUUCUGCAAGAGAGCAGCUGUGGCGCAGCAGUGUGUGAGUUGCUUGACGGAGAUAUUAUUCGACGAAGCACUCGCCCGGGCUCGGGAAUGCGAUGAUUUUCUGAAGAGAGAAAGGAGGGUUAUGGGACCGUUGCAUGGGCUGCCGAUAAGUUUGAAGGACUCCUUCAACAUCCGCGGCGUCCAAGCAACCCUCGGCUACAUAUCCUUCCUCGCGCGCCCCCCCUCCGCCUCAAACUCCUCCCUAGUAACCCUCCUGCACACACUCGGCGCAGUCUUCUACGUGAAAACCAACCUCCCCCAAACAAUGAUGACAGCAGACUCCCACAACAACAUCUUCGGCCGCACGUUGAACCCGCUCAAACUCUCCCACACAGCCGGCGGUUCCACAGGCGGCGAGGGCGCCCUCCUCGCUAUGAAAGGCAGCGUCCUAGGCGUGGCAACCGAUGUCGCAGGCUCAAACCGCAUCCCCGCGAUAUGCUGCGGCGGCUCGUCUUUGAAGCCAACGGCAGGGAGGGUGCCGUUUGCAGGUGGUGUUGCAGUCGGUCGGCUGGGUAGUCCAGGGUCUGUUCCCGUGGUUAUAGGACCGUGUGGCCGUUCUGUCCGCGACUACGAGCUUUUCUUAAGGAGUGUAGGCGACGCGAAACCGUGGCUUUACGACGAAAACAGUCUCAACGUGCCGUGGCGCUGUGUCCAGCCUUCGCCGACGCCCCUGCGGUUCGGGCUGGUGAGGGGGUGUAAGGAGAGGCCGCUUCAUCCGCCUAUUGCGCGUGCGCUGCAUAUGACGGCGAUGAAACUCAAAGCGCAAGGCCACGAGAUCGUCCUCCUCGAUGACAAGAUACCGGAUCUGUAUCAAACCGCCCUGCUAGCAUGGAAAUUCUUCAUGUUGGACCCUAAGAAAACGCCACUGCAGUAUAUCAAAGAUGGAGGCGAGCCGCCCGUUCCUUCGCUAUCAACAUGCUCGUUCCCCGAGUUGAAAGAUUGGGUGCCUAGCCUGGAUGAGCUGUGGGAUUUGAAUGUGCAGAAGGCGGGGGUUGUCAGGAAGUGGCAUGCGUUAAUGGUUGGUGAUAUUGGCGGUGAGGGGGAGAAGGGGCUAGAUGCCGUUCUCAUGCCGGGGUACCAGGGUGUCGCGCCAAAGCAUGAUACCUACGGUCUCCCGAUUUACACGGUCGUGGUCAAUCUUUUGAAUUGGCCGAGUGGGGUGCUGGUAGCUGGGACAGCGGAGAAAGGGGCUGAUAAGGAGUUUUUGAAGGAGGGCGUGGCGUUUGAACCGCCUUAUGAUGCGGAUGAGUGCGAGGGUUUACCGACGCAUGUCCAGGUUGUGGGGAAGAGUUUGAUGGAUGAGGAGUUGGUGGAGGUUCUGAAGGUUGUGGAAGGUGUGCUGAAGGCGUAG